AUGGGCACUCUUCAAGUAGAAACUCCAUAUCCAAACACUCCAAAGCAAGAAGAAGCAAAAGAAGAAGACAGCGAUGACGUGUCCCCCAUAGAAGAAGUCCGUCUAACCGUAACCAACAGUGACGACCCGACCCUACCCGUAUGGACCUUCCGUAUGUGGUUCUUGGGCCUCCUCUCUUGUGGGCUCCUCUCUUUCAUCAACCAAUUCUUCGCCUACCGAACCGAGCCACUUGUCGUGACCCAGAUCACCGUCCAGGUGGCAACCCUACCCAUCGGCCAUUUCCUGGCCGCGAUCUUGCCGGGUCGUGGGUUUCGGGUCCCCGGGUUCGGGUCGAGAAGGUUCUCAUUAAACCCGGGCCCGUUUAACAUGAAGGAGCACGUGCUGAUAUCGAUUUUUGCUAAUGCGGGUAGUGCGUUUGGUAACGGGUCGGCUUAUGCGGUGGGGAUUGUGACUAUCGUGAAGGCGUUUUAUGGAAGGAAUAUUUCUUUCUUGGCUGGUAUUGGGAUAUGGCUGGGCCGGGCUCUUGAGAAAGUAUGUGAUCGAACCGGCCCAUAUGUGGUGGCCUGGCACCCUGGUUCAAGUUUCCCUCUUCAGGGCCUUGCACGAAAAAGAUGACAGACGCAUGUCGAGGGCUAAGUUUUUCCUGAUUGCACUAAUCUGCAGCUUUUCUUGGUACGUAGUGCCGGGUUAUCUAUUCCCCACUCUCAGUAGCAUCUCAUGGCUAUGUUGGACAUUCUCAAAGUCAGUCACGGCCCAACAGAUUGGGUCGGGCCUAAGAGGUCUGGGCCUUGGGGCCUUAACAUUAGAUUGGACAGUUGUAGCAUCUUUCUUGUUCAGCCCACUCGUAUGUCCCUUCUUUGCCAUUAUGAAUGUCUUAGCGGGUUAUGCACUGAUAAUCUACAUAGUGCUCCCUAUAGCCUACUGGGGAUUCGACUUAUACGGUGCAAGCAAAUUCCCGAUUUUCUCCUCACACUUGUUCACAGCUCAAGGUCAGAAAUAUAAUAUAUCUGCGAUUGUGAAUGACAAAUUCGAGCUGGAUAUGGAGAGAUACAAUGAGCAGGGCAGAAUACAUCUCAGCAUGUUCUUUGCUUUGACAUAUGGGUUCGGCUUUGCAACUAUUGCAUCCACUAUGACGCAUGUAGGAUGUUUCUAUGGGAGAGAAAUCUACUCGAGAUUCCGUGCUUCAUACAAGGGAAAAGAAGAUAUCCACACAAGGCUUAUGCGCAGAUACAAGGACAUACCGUCAUGGUGGUUUCAGAUAUUACUGGUAGUGACACUUGCAGCUUCUUUAAUACUCUGCAUCUUCUUAAACGACCAGGUUCAGAUGCCAUGGUGGGGACUCGUAUUUGCCAGCCUCAUUGCCUUUAUUUUCACACUCCCAAUCAGCAUCAUUACAGCCACAACAAACCAGACACCGGGCUUAAACAUAAUCACAGAGUAUGUUAUGGGUAUCAUAUACCCGGGAAGGCCAAUUGCUAACGUCUGCUUCAAAACCUAUGGCUACAUGAGCAUGGCCCAGGCUGUCUCAUUUCUCAGUGAUUUCAAACUAGGUCACUACAUGAAGAUUCCUCCCAGAUCGAUGUUUAUAGUUCAGGUAAACAACAUUAUUCCAAUAUAGUUGCGUAUGUCGUAUAUGAUGGGUGUUCAGACUCUUCAAUAAUGUAUAAAGUUCUGGUCCCCAUUUAUUACAACAAAUCUAAGGAUGAAGUUAGGUCUAAAAUAAUUCCAAACUCUAGACAAUGUUACCAAAGUAUCUAAUAACUGAAAAGAUCACAUUUCAAGAAAAGCAAAUAAACACGUCCAGGUUACUCAUAUAAAUUGAUGGUAGGCAGGUACUCAAUUUUGGGGAGUAAAGUUACAUGCAUGUACUUGCUUUUUAAUGUAACCUUAUCAGCUAUCCUUUUCUGUCCUGUGUUUUCACCUGUGAAGCUUUAAGAAAUUAAUCAACAAAUAUAACAAUUCAUGUUUAACUGCAUCCCAUCUGUAUGAAGAAAGAAAAUAAUGUCUUCUUAGAGAAUAAAUGACAAGACUAUAAAAUCUCUAUUUUGACCAAAGGGAAAAGGGACGAAGGGAUAGGAAAGGGGGAGGAAUAAUUUUAACAAGUAUAGACAUCUUCUCUGGGUCAACACAUUUUUCACAAGGUUAGACUAGUAUUAAUACUAAUUUUUUCCCAAUAUAUUCUAUAAAGUUGUUAGCCCCUCUGUUACAUGCUUAUAAGAAUCUAUAGGUAAGAUGACAACAAUACAUCACCAAUCACUGGAUUGCCCGAUCGUACUUUCUUGCCACCUUUUCCAUAAAAAACACAUACGUUAUGUCAACAUAGGUCGUGCAUACAACUCCAGAGAGAAAAUGAAAAAAAUAUUUCUUCUAAUACUUAAACAAACCACUCACCACUUUACGUAGAUGUUUGGAGUACAACAAUAGGGCAGAAUUCACUCCUUGAAAGUUAUUCUGGGUCAUAACGUUUUUACAACCUUGUGCACUUAUCCUUAUCAUCUAACCAUGCUUCCAACUGCUCUAUAGUUCUUAGGCACAAUCAUCGCCGGAACAGUCAACAUUGGUGUGGCGUGGUGGCAGCUUACAACUAUCACCAACAUAUGCCAAGACGAACUCCUUCCACCAGACAGCCCAUGGACAUGCCCAGGAGAUAGAGUCUUCUUCGAUGCAUCAGUCAUAUGGGGUUUAGUCGGACCCAGAAGAAUUUUCGGAAGUCAAGGAAAUUACAGUUCAAUGAACUGGUUCUUUCUUGGCGGUGCAUUAGGGCCGAUCCUGGUUUGGGUUCUCUACAAGGCAUUUCCAAAACAAUCUUGGCUUCCACUAAUUAACCUGCCCGUACUUCUAGGGGCAACUGGUAUGAUGCCACCAGCAACACCAUUGAAUUACAAUGCCUGGAUAAUAGUCGGGACAAUUUUCAACUUUUUUGUUUUCCGUUAUCGGAAGAGCUGGUGGCAGAGGUACAACUACAUUCUGUCGGCAGCUUUAGAUGCCGGAGUAGCUUUCAUGGCAGUGGUGCUCUAUUUCUCUCUUAGCAUGGAAGGAAAAGGAAUAGAUUGGUGGGGUACGAGUGGUGAACACUGCGACUUGGCAACUUGUCCGACUGCCAAAGGGAUACAAGUUGAAGGCUGUCCGGUGCACUAAUGUAAUUGUACUUAGCGUUUUCCUCACACCUUGUUAACGAUGGCUUCUUUUUCUUUCUGUAUGUAUUCUCAAGAAUUACGAAAACAAUCCAAUGAUGGAACUUAUCAGUCGAAAGAUACUUAAGGCUGAACAUGUCCCUCAAAUACUGUACCAGUAAUCUUUUCCAGUAUAAUAUAUGGAAAUAUUAACGCCGAAUACAGAUCCCAUUUUCUUGUUAUCGGGCCUGGUCGUGUUACCAGAUCCUGGUACCAAACUCAAAAGCUUAAUGCUAUUCUAGUUUAAAAAGAAACUUAUUAGAAGUGUCAUUGUCCACCGGAAAGCACGAAACCAAGAGACUGUAUGGAGUGAACUAAAACGUCAGACACGAUCCAAGGAAAAGCAUCAAAUUCUGCCACCACUCCUCAUUUGCGGUUAUCAUUUCCACAAUUUUUAGCGAGUCGGUGAAGACUGAACUGAAAGCCACUGAUUGUACUCAUCCAUACGAAUAAUAAAGGAGCUGGAGCUUGGAGACCCUCCACCACCAUACGCCU